AUGGUCUUCGAGGUCAGCAAUCUCCUGAGGAAUGAACAUCUAAGUGAUCUUGUCAUUAUUGUUCGAAGUCAACCAAACCCAUUCCAUGCCAAGAGGGCCCAAGUCUUCAAAGAUCAUAUCAACCAACAGAUCAACAAGGAUGCGGAGAAGAAGAAUCAGCCAGAUGUUUAUCUGUUACAUGAAACCUGGCCAGAAGUUGGAUCAUGGACCAUUUUACCCCUCAUAACAGAAUUUGCUGACAAAUUUUCCCUUAAAAAGUGGUUAUUAAUUUGUGAAGAAGAGACGAGAGUGGACCUCUUAGGGUUAACGAAAGUCUUACAGAGGUUUGACCCAGACAAGGAUCAGUUUCUUGGUCAGGCUCUCCAGGAUUCCCAGCCUGUCAUUACCCACCAUUUUGCCUUCGCUGAAAAGCCCUCAAGUUUCUCCUAUCCAGAUUUUGCUGCUGGCAUUGUACUCAGUCUCACACUGAUUAAAAGAUUAUCCACAGAAUGGGCGAUACGUCCGCAAGCGGGCAUGGGAGGAGAUUUCACCAUAGACAUUCAACAUGAGUUCGCAUUGUUCCUGUGGAAUGAUGGGAAGGGUGUUCGUCUGACUGAUGUACCCGAGCUGUGUGCAGGGGACCGGGACAAUGAUAGAUGUGUGACACAUUAUGCUGUCCAUUUCCCAGACUGUGGGGAGCCUGUGCCUAAGGAAGAUCUGUUUGUGGCAGUUAAAACCUGUGAAAAGUUUCACAAAGACAGAGUGCCUGUUGUGAAGAAAACAUGGUUUAAGGACGCAGGUCCCCUAGAGUUUUACAGUGAAAAGGCAGAUAAGAGCAUCCCCACCAUUACCCUGGGAGUGCCGAACACAGAAAGAGGUCACUGUGGGAAGACAAUGGGGAUUUUGCGGAGAAUUUUUAACGACCCUGAGAAGUCACAGAAACCCUGGGUGUUGAUUGCAGAUGAUGAUACAAUUAUCAGCUUGCCUCGUCUACGUGAACUCUUAGCCUGUUAUAACCCAGAUGAAACUGUGGCUCUUGGAGAGAGAUACGCCUAUGGGGUGGUGCACGGCUAUGGUUAUGAUUACAUCACUGGAGGCGGAGGGAUGGUGUUCAGCCGACUGACCAUCCACCAGCUGAUUGACAGCGACUUGUGCUCAUGUGCAUCCGAUGACUCGCCAGACGACAACCUGGGCAUGUGCCUCCAGCGACUCGCUAUCCCGGUGACACAUAGCCCUUUGUUUCAUCAAGGGUCUGUGGUCCUCUGCAUUUCUGUGUGA